CCAGCACUUCCGGAUUGGAAGGCAGGUGGCCACGCGUUCGGAAGGAGUAAAAUGGAAGGAGGAUCAAGCAGAUUGGAAACCCACACUCCAGUUUUCGUCUAGAAAAAGACCAAGCAUUCUGUACAUAAGGAGAGACAUGGGAGACAUCCCCAUGAAAGUUUCAGAGACUCCUCCCUGGCAAAGGAACAGGCUGACAUAACUAAGGGUAAAAAAAAAGAGAAAGCAUGCCCAGCAUCUUGUUUCUUCUCCUUUGAAACAAUCAAAAAUGUGCGAUGAGCCUGAAAAGACCACUUCUAUACCCAAAAAGAAUAAAAAGAGAAGAAAAGGUGCUUUGGGAGUCUAUAAGGAAACAGGUAUGGUGUACAUCCUGGUGGAUAAAGAAAACAUUGAGAACACACCCAAGAAUUUUAGAAAGCAUGUCGAUGUCAUUUACAUUGAUGUAAGCAAGCGGCAAAAGUCAACAAAAGGGCCUGAAGCAGAUGAACCGCAUUUAGUUACUAAGUCACGUGAAAAUGAGUCAGAACUGCAUGAUAAAGUUCGGGGGGAAAAAGCAUAAAAAACAUCGGAGGGAAGUCGCGUCCUGUGAUGCUGUCCAGGAGAGUCUGGGUGCAAGCAUCACCCUGCCCGGAUCAGAAUCCCAAGAGCAGGAACCCCAGCCUCCCAUGGGCCAAGAAGGUGAAAUUGCACAACUACCAGUGUCUGCAGAUCAAAGCAAUUCUAAGACAAGAAAAAGGAAGCGUCCAAGUGACCAGGAAUUCGAGGCCUUGCCUGCGCCUGAGAGCGCUGAGAACAUAUACUCAGAGGGAUCCCAAGUGAUUGGUGAGGUCGGGACUGCAGGGGGCAAUCAGGAGUCCAGUGGCCUCAAGAAAAAGUCUAAGAAAAGGAAGAGAAGAUCUUCUGUUGAUAUUGCCGUGGCACCUGGUGGUUAUUUUUCAGUGCUCAGGACGAGCUCUGAGGACACGCUCUUUGAUUCAGUGGAAGGUACUGGUACCUUGAUUAAAGAAAUUGCGAAACCCAGGCCACAAGAGGAGAAACCCCAGGGCUGUUCGGAAGAGGUGCAGAGAUUAGAACCCACAAAUGAAGAAGAUAGCAAUUUGGAGUGGGCUAAAGAUCCUGAAACCAAAUAUUUAUCUGAAGAUUCGAGAGAUUCAGAUAAUUCAGAUGUGGAUUUGGAUUCCGCUGUGAGGGGGCUCCAGGAGUUCCUCCCUGAUAUCAAGGAGAGGGCUGCCACUACAAUUAAGCGAAUGUAUCGGGAUGACUUGGGACACUUUAAAGAAUUUAAAGCCCAGGGUGUCGCUAUUAAAUUUGGCAAGUUUUCCAUGAAGAAAAAUAAGCAGUUAGAGAAAAACCUGCGAGAAUUUCUGUCUCUGACAGGAAUCGAGAAUGCAGACAAGCUGCUGUACACAGACAGAUACCCAGAGGAGAAAUCUCUAAUCACCGACUUAAAAAGAAAAUACUCGUUUAGAUUGCACAUUGGUAAGGGCAUUGCCUGGCCCUGGAAACUCGUAUACUGUCGAGCAAAGAAGUUGUUUGAUGUCAACAAUUACAAAGGCAGGUAUAGCAAAGGAGAUACUGAGAAGCUAAAGGUAUACCAGUCCCUCCAUGGAAACGACUGGAGAAAGAUUGGUGAGAUGGUGUCUCGAAGUAGCCUCUCUGUGGCCCUGAAGUUCUCCCAGAUCAGCAGUCAAAGAAAUCAUGGUGCUUGGAGCAAGACGGACACCCAGAAACUAAUCAAGGCUGUUGAAGAAGUGAUUCUAAAGGAAAUGUCUCCCCAGGAGAUAAACGAGAUGGAUUCUAAACUCCAAGAGAAUCCUGAAGGCCACCUGUCAGUUGUUCGGGAAAAACUGUACAAAGGCAUAUCCUGGGUAGAAGUGGAGGCGAAAGUGGAAACCAAGAAGUGGAUGCAGUGUAAAAGUAAGUGGACGGAAAUUCUAACCAAGAGGAUGACAAAUGGUCGGGACCUAUACCGGGGACUUAAUGACCUACAGGCCAAGAUCAACCUCAUUGAAAGGUUGAAUGAAAUAAAUGUGGAAGAUGUUAAUGGAAUAGACUGGGAAGAUCUUGCUAGCACCAUAGGGGGUGUUCCUCCAUCUUAUGUCCAAAGUAAAUUUUAUAAGCUGAAAGCUUCCUGUGUUCCGUUUUGGCAGAAGAAGACUUUUCCAGGUCAGUAUUUUCGAUAUCUGAAUAGUUAAAAACGCAGCAUAUGGGGAUACACACUGGUAGUGUGACCUUGCGUAGUGACUUCUGGGAACCUCAGAUUCUUCAAAUGGAAAAUGGUAAAAAUUGGCAAAUUAUAACCCCUACCUGACAGGACUUUCAAAAGUACUAAAUGAGAUAAUGAGCUUGAGAAGUGUGGUCACCAGGCCGCCGGGCGUUUAGCAAGCACUGGGUGAGGAGCUGCGAGUGCUUCUGGAUUGCACAGCACACAUGCUCACACCACAUGCCUGCACACACACUGAUCCACAAAAAACUGGAGGUACAGUUUCUUCUCUGCAGCCAUUUGUAGGUGGUUUACAUAUGUAAUUCCCAAACCUGGACUAUCGGAGUCAGGUGGGGAACUUGGGAAAAAAGAUACAUACCUGGGUCUCAUCCCAGACCCAGUUGAUCCUAGUCUCUAGUCUGUGUCCAGAGGCUAGAUUUUUCUCUAACAAGCUCACAGAUGAGUCGCCAGUGGCCUGCCCAGCAUCAUUGUUUGGAACCCACUGGUUCGGGUAACACUCCACCCUGCAGUGUGUGACAAAAUGCUCCUUGCGUUCAGCAGACAGCACUGCCUGGGUUUGAAUCCUGGCUUCGCCCUCCUGACUCUAUGACUUUGGAUGAGUUUCAUGUCUUUAUGCCUCAUUUGAAACACAGGUGAACAAUAGUGCCUACCUCAUAGCAUUUUUGAGAGGAUUGAAUGAGUGACUAUGAAUAAAGCAGUAGAGCCAGGUCUUGCUACAGUGCCAGAAACAAUGCAUUGUCAUCGUCCACGCCAUUCGUCCUUUGACCUUGGGAAGAGGCUUUGUCAGAUCAUCUCAAGAUUCAGUUUCUUUAGAGAUUAUAGACUACCUUCAUGAGACUAGUCUACCGUUGCUUAGAGAAAAACUAGAGAAGAAGAUGGAGAAAAACGGGACUGAGAUCCAGACUCUGGCAACCCCCAAGCCAGUCUUCCUGUUUUGAGACAUCUUUUGUUGUGACGAUGACAGUGAGGGAGAAGACGGAGAUGAACAAUGUUAAGCGGCUGCUACUCUCUUGUCCAUUUUUCUAGGUCUGGUUGUGUUUAUGUACGUGUCAAUAAUGCUAUUUCCACUAUUGAUUUUACUGAAGAAGGUGCAACAGCCAAAGGAAGGGUAUGAAAAUAAUAACAUACUGUGGAACAUUAAAAAUUGAUUCACAUUUCAUAUUCAAGUUUGUCUGAAUGUGAAAAGAAAGGCGAGUACAUGAGUUGAUUUAAUAUUUUCUGUGCUAUUAUAUUGAAAAUUAUCAUAUUGAAAAUACUUACAACUAAUGGUUUUCAUACCACAACAGGAUCCCAAGUGCCUCUAAUGGCAGCAGAGGGUAGUCAUGUCCAAGGAACAUUUUCUUUUUGUUUUUUUUUUUGGCUGUGCCACAUAGCUUAUGGGAUCUUAGUUCCCCACCGGGGAUUGAACCCAGACCCUCGGCAGUGAAAGCGCAGAGUCCUAAGCCCUGGACCGCCAGGGAAUUCCCCCAAUGAACAUUUUCGUGGUGUGGAUUCAACUAUAUGUGCAUUCAGCAAAAAAGAGAAUGUUAACAAUUUUAAUAAUGCAUGCCAUUUUUUUCUGUGUUUCAAUUGUUUAGAUGUAUAUUUUAGUGUGUGUGCAUAUUAGGUAAGUGGUACAGGGACGUUUGUGUUCCCGGAAGCUGGUUUUGGUUCCCAUGUGCCUGUCAUGGUGUGUGUAUCUCAUCUUCCCGAGUGUGAUUCUAGUGUUUAAAGAUAAGUAUUUUUCAUACAAGAUGCCCUCUCAAAGCCAGUCACAGAAUUCUUCUGGUGUUUAACUGGAAAAAACAAAGAAACCAGCAGUCUCUUCCAUUGCUUCUGGAAAAACUGCCUCUGUUAGACUUCCCUUGCUGGCAAGGGGAAUAAAGUGCCCAGGCUUCUAGCCUCAUCUGUACAGGGGAGAACAUAGAAAGGAAGGUGUGGGUGAGCAAUAUCCCAUACAGUGAGGCCACCCUCUGGGCCAAGGUGCAGCACCCUUGUCUCCUGAGUGUAGCAUCAUGAUGUGCGAUGUUGGUUAAUUCAUCCAGAAAGCUAGACAUGUUUCCAAGCUUGCCGUCAUCAGAGAAGGAAGAAUACAGAGAAACAAGUUUAGGAGUCCUCAUUCACCAGUAUAUCCACAGCACCUAUCAUGGUGUUGUGCAAAUAAUAGACACUCGAUAAAUAUUCAGGGCACAAAUGAGUAUUUUCUUUUUAAAAAUUAAAUAACUAAUUUGUUUUUGGCUGUGUUGGGUCUCCGUUGCUGCACAGAGGCUUUCUCUGGUUGUGGAGAGCAGGGGCUACUCUUCAUUGCAGUGCACGGGCUUCUCACUCCGGUUGCUUCUCUUGUUGUGGAGCACGGGCUAU